AUGGCAUCACAGCCUACUAUUAGUAAAUUCUUUGCAAAGGCCUCGUCUCCUGUCAAAAAUGCUACCGCUGCUAAGAAAGGUGACACUACGAAAGAAGUCAUCACACAUACAAAUAAUAAUAGUGGGUUUUCGUCGAGCACUGCAGACCAUAGCCAGGAACAGGUCAGUAUCAUAAUAGACUCUGAUUCCGAGUCUGAUAAUGAGAUUAAUUUAACUAGUGUUUAUAAGACUACUACCGACGCUAUUGAUGAGUCUGAAGUGGUGGAAAUAGAGAUGCUGCAACAUAAUGCUGAAAAACAUACAGAGGAGGCAACGGUUGACAACCUGGCAUCUGAAGCAGUAACUGACAGCAAUCAUGAGAAGAACCCUAAAUCAGCUAAGAAGUCAAUCGGAGUUGAUACUAAAAGGCAAGAGAAAAGCAAGACUAUUAAAAGGAAGAACGAUGCUACUUCGCCAGAACGAAUCCCGAAAAAGCCCAAGAACCAAGACAAAUUAACUCCACUGGAUCAGCAAGUGAAAGAAUUGAAAUUGAAGAAUAAAGAUAAAAUAUUGAUUAUCAGGGUAGGUUAUAAAUAUAAAUGCUUUGCUGAAGAUGCCGUUAUCGUCAGCAAUAUUUUGCAUAUAAAAUUAGUUCCCGGGAAAUUGACAAUACGGAAUUCAAAUCCUCAUGAUGACCAAUAUAAACAAUUUGCAUAUUGUUCCUUUCCUGACACUCGUCUAAAUGUUCAUUUGGAAAGGCUAAUAUUUAACAAUUUGAAGGUUGCUGUAGUCGAACAGACGGAAACCAUCGCUAUUAAGAAGAAUGAUCCUACAGCAAAUAAGACACAAGUCUUUCAACGUGAAAUUAAAAAUACAUUUUCGAAAGCUACAUUUGGAAUAAAUGAUCAAUUUGCCAAAAAAGAUAAAAGAAUACUAGGUGACACUAAAUCUAUAUGGGGUCUAGAUUUCAAAAUCGAUGAAAGAGAAAAUUCUAUACAAUAUUAUAUUAUAUCUGCCAAUCUAAAUAAUGGUGAAAUAAUUUACAAUACAUUCACUGAUGAGUUGAAGGCACUUGAAAAUCUGAAACUAAGAAUAAAGCAUUUGGAACCAAUUGAAAUAAUAUCACCAAAGAAAUUGCCAAACCAUAUACUUAGCCUGUUCAAACCCUCCAGGUGUCUCGUAUCUUAUACUGAUAAUGAACAUCAUUGUGAUAAUGAACGAAAAACCACUUUGAAUGAAAUAGGCGAGAUGUUAGACUUCGCAAAGGAGCUAAAGGAUUUAUUGGUACACUUUUUCAUAUACUUAAAACAGUACGGAAAUGAAAAAUUACUAUUAAUCCGUAGUAAUUAUAAACCAUUUUCUAUCGAUAAGUGCAUUACAUUAUCUCAUUCUACAAUUGAAAGUCUCGAUAUAAUAACAGAAAAUAACGGGAAGGGCUCCUUAAUGUGGCUAUUGGAUCAUACCAGAACAUCAUUUGGGUUACAGAAACUUCGAGAAUGGAUUUUACAUCCUUCAACAGAUAGCUUAAUUAUUGAAGAAAGAUUGGAUGCAAUUGAAUGUAUUAUUGGCGAGGUGAACACCAUUUUUUUUGAAUCAUUUAAUCAGAUAUUGAAAACUACUCCAAAUCUCUUAAGAACUUUGAACCGUAUUGCUUAUGGUACGACAUCGCGUAAAGAAAUUUAUUAUUUUUUGAAAAACAUGUGCGCCAUAAAUGAGCUUUUCAUUAAUCACUCGAACUAUCUUGAUAAACAGGUUUACGAGUCUGAUGGGAACAUUGCGUCAAAAUCAACACUUUUAACAAAAAUUAUUACUGAUAUAAGUGAGUUUUCAAAACAGGAACAAAUUCCGGAUUUACUCGCGAUGAUAAAUAUUUCUGCUGUAAUGGAAAAAAAUAUGGAAAAGCAAGUAAUUGGUUUCUUCAACUUGAAUAAUUACGAUCAUGCGUCGGAAAUCUUGAGAAUUCAACAAGAUAUUGAGAGUGUGAAAUAUAAACUAAAUGAUGAGUUGAAAAAGAUACGAAAAUUAUUAAAACGCCCCUAUUUAGAUUAUAAAGAUGAAAUUAAUUAUUUUAUUGAGGUGAAGAAUACAGAUGUUAAAAAUAUCCCUGAUUCGUGGAUUAAAAUGAAUAAUACAUUAAGAGUAAGCAGAUUCAAUACUCCUGAAACGAAACAACUUGUUGAAAAAUUGCAAUAUCACAAAGAUUUACUGGUUCAAGAGUGCGAGAAACAAUACACAGUAUUUAUAUGCCGAUUGACAAAUGAAUAUAGUAUAUUGAAGAAUGUGAUUGAUAAUAUUGCAACGUACGAUUGUAUUUUAUCUCUUUCUGCUGUGUCAUGUAAUAUGGGCUAUACUAGACCAAAAUUCACAGACAAGAAACGUUUCAUUAAAGCCAAGAAUUCUCGUAAUCCAAUUAUUGAAUCAUUGAAUAUUAACUAUGUAUCCAAUGAUAUUUCCAUGAAUGAAGAAGAUGGAAUUGUGCAUAUUAUAUCGGGCCCUAACAUGGGUGGCAAAUCGUCUUAUAUACGACAAGUUGCACUGUUAGUUAUUUUGGCUCAAAUUGGAUCAUAUGUUCCUGCAGAUUAUAUGGAGAUGAGUAUAUUUGACCAAGUGUUGACAAGAAUUGGGGCUCAUGAUAAUAUCUUAAGGGGUGACUCCACGUUCAAAGUUGAAAUGCUAGAAGUAUUAGAAAUUGUCAAGAAAAGUACAGAUAAUUCACUACUACUUUUAGAUGAAGUUGGGAGAGGCACUGGGACGCAAGAUGGGAAAGCUAUAUCAUAUUCAUUAUUAGAAUAUUUCUUACAUGACAGUUCUUGUCCCUUGAUACUCUUCACCACUCAUUUCCCUGAAAUGGGCGAUAUAACAUCGAAAUUUCUAAAAUGUUACCACAUGGACUAUGUAGAGGAGAACCGACCAGGAGAAAAAUGGCCUAGUGUCAUCUUCUUAUAUAAAUUGAAACCGGGUUUUACAAAUAAUUCAUAUGGGUUGAAUGUAGCUAAAUUGGCAAAUAUUGACACGGAUAUAAUUAAUGCUGCAUAUGAACUAUCUGAGAAUAGCAAAAAGGAAUCUGAAAAUUCAAAGUUUCUCUACUUACCAACUUGUUUUCGCAGAAUAUUGGGAAACAAUCAGAAUUCCAAUAAGGAUAAGUUUGUUGAACUAUUAUCACUUAUUGAUGAGGAAAACAUCUUAGACUAA